UACAUAGAUAAGGAAAACGGGUAAAAGAAAGCAGAUAAGAUUCCCUAUAUCUUAUCCCCUUUCUUCACCAUUCCCACACUACUAGAGAAGUCCGCCCAUCUCUCUCUCACUCUCUCCCCAGACAGAAGAAGUAGCUGAUUCUGGCAGCCAUGUUAGCUUCCACUGCAGUAAGUCUUGGCUCACUUGGCAGCCAAUUGCUCAAUUCUCCCUCCCACAAUCCCCCAAAGCCUUUCCUACUUCCACUAAAUAAGCCUUUAUUAAAAUCUCCCAACUCCAUCACCAGCAGCAGCUUCUUGAAAUCGAGAACUUCCUUCAGAACCGCUGUCGCCGCGGUUGAUUCAUCCGAUGCCGCUGUAAAGGCAGAGGGUGAAGGUGGGAGCAAGAGUUAUCACUUUGUUGUGGCGAAUGCAAAGUUUAUGUUGGAUGAGGAGGAGCAUUUCCAAGAGCUGAUGUUGGAGCGCCUCCGGCUUUAUGGGGAGAGGAACAUGGAGCAGGAUUUCUGGCUUGUGAUUGAGCCUAAAUUCUUGGACAAAUUCCCUAAUAUUACUAAGAGGCUCAAGAGGCCUGCUGUUGCUCUUGUUUCCACUAAUGGCCCUUGGAUCACGUUCAUGAAGUUAAGACUAGACCGAGUUCUGCAAGAUAGCUUUGAAACUGACACUCUUGAAGAAGCUCUGGCUUCCAGCCCCAUUGAUAUUGAGUUUGAGAAGCCGGAGAAGUGGACAGCUCCUUAUGCCAAGUACGAAUAUGGGUGGUGGGGGCCGUUCCUCCCCUCCAAAACAUCAAAUGUAUGAUCAUGAUGCGCCAAAGCCAUUUCAAAUUUUUGUAAGUGCCCCGCGACAUUAGCUUCCCGUCUGUUAGUAUUUCAGAGAUGGUAUAUGUAGAUUCGUUCGUAGAGUAUGCAGACAUGAACUGAGUUUUUUCUGCUGUUAAUGUUACCACGUAUCAACAUAUUGUCUCAUGCUCGAUGUGAGUUCCUGUUUCAGGAAUGAAUGCUUCACUAAUUCUCAUGAAUGCAUUAUCAGGUUCGCAUCUGCUGAGAAAUGGUUUCUUUACUUGCAUUGAAUUAGCAUAAUCAGUAUAAACGUGCUGUCAUGUAACUGAACAGAUUGUUACGCCCCGACUUUUCCUAUUCCUUUAAGUUUAUUUUUGGAUGACCGUCGAACUAUUAGUCAAAUAUCGUUUUAUUUUAUUUGGAGA